AGUACUUGCUUAUCUUUGUAGUUUUUCAAUCUUAGUGCUUUGCUUGCUUUUGGGUUUACAUCAUGUCAAGCAAAUGUGUCUGGGAAUACAACAGAACUGGCGAAGAAGAUAAAGUAGCUGUUGAUACUACUACCAGGGAUGGUGCCACCAAAACUGUUUUAAGGAAGUUUGCCUGGCAAAAUUCUCAAGAAUCUGCCAGAAGAUGUCAAAAAUGAAGUGUUGAAUUCUUCCGUGGACAGCAAUUUGGUUUUUGGACCAUCUGGUGCAGAGUCCAGUUCUCAAAUGGCACACUCAGAGAAAAUGAAAAUGUAAACUUUAAGUUGUACAAGAAUAAAGACACAAAAAACCCUAGGAAGAAACACUGGCGGAUACUGACUGCCGAGACUGACAGAAUGUCCUAUGUUGGGAACAACUUUGGGACUGGUUCCAUGAAAUGCAACUCCCUCUGCAAAUACUUUGUUGGGGUCCUCAAUAAGGAGACUAAAAUGAUGGAAAUCCAUGAUGCAGAAUUAUUCAACCUGCAGCCAUAUUUUCCAGGUGAAGCUUUUGAUGAAGAAAUGUCUUCAGAAAAAAAGGAACAGAGUUACAGAGAAAAGGUUGAUUUUCUGAUUGAAUCUUUUGGAACCAAAAAACAGAAGCGGGCCCUGAAUUCAAGAAGGAUGCAUGAUGUUGUCAGUGGGACUAUUCAGAAUGUUGUUGCUAAAGCUGCAGAACAUGCCAUAGAAAAAAAAGGUGUCACAGCUUUACUUGAUGAUGUAGCGCAGUCAGAAUCACAGGAUAUCUCCGUGCAUCUCCCUGUCAUCAAUACUGAUGCAGAGUGUCGUGAAGAAGUGUACAGUUUUGAUGAGCUUAUCUCACCUGCUGAAUAUGCUGCUCUUGAAACUGCUUCAGAAACUUUCAGGGACAUCACUUCAGAAGACAUCCAAAACAUGAUUGAGAAGAAGAGGUAUUCCUGCUUUGUUGUAGAAAAACUGAAGUCAAUGCCGCAGGGUGAAAAACAGCGUGAUCAUAUUGCCCGUUGCUUGUGGUAUCUGGAUAAUCUCAUUAGAUUAAACUUUCAGAAACAGAUUAAAUCAAAAUUUGGCCUUGGAGAAAACAUACCACAUGUCAUAAUCAUGAAGUUAUUGAAGAAUUUCACUGUUGUGAAUUACAGCAGUGGCAGUGUGAAGAAUAUGGUUUCAACAUCUAUGAAAGUUAAAAUAGCAGCCCAUGUUAUUGCUCUAGCUUUGCAUAUUGAGGAUUUUCAGACAGAUCUGACUGUACUGCAACGUGAUUUAAAACUCACAGAGACAAGAUUCUUGGAAAUUGCAAGAGCCAUGAGGCUUAAGAUUACCAAGGCCAAAGUACCUGUUCCUGAUGCAGAACCAGAGAUUCAUAAAAUAGGCAGUCUGAGUUUGCCGCUACCCUCAUAUGAACCAUCAACUAAAUUAAAUAAACGUAAGAGAAUGUCCUGAAGAAAUGCCAGAGAUGCACCUGUGACAUAUUUGAUGAAUUAAUCUGAGGUUUAAGGGGCAAAAUAGCAUGGACUUUCUAGUGAUUCUAUCUUUUGCAUUAUUUGGAAAUAUAGUGCACAGUAUUGAACUACAGGAUUACCCAGCCUCUGUUUGAACAGGCUGGCUCAAUGGCUGUGAUCCAAAAAAUUACUGAGUAUAUCAUCAUGAGGAGUUCAGCAGGCCUGUAUGUCUUGUGCUGUUUAAGAAUCCAGUAACAGUGUAUUAUGAUUUCAUAGAUAAAAGAUCCAAAGUGUAUAAUAAUGUGAAGUUAUUGCAUCAGAGUACUUAUUAGCACUUUGUCUUCCCAUGCUCAGGCCACUGACUUUCUGUACCUUUGAAAUUAUCAGUUCUGAUUGUGCUAUGGGUACUGAUGUUUUAUUGUAUGAGGUAUGGUGAAUAAUGCACCAUUAUAUGAUUAAUAAACUAUUUUAUUUACUAAGAA